GUGACUUGGUGACUGGUGACCCGAUAUUCAACAACCAUACGAGAUUGUGUAGUAUUAUAACCAAUUAUUCUUUAAUUAACUGACAGAUAGGUACCACGUCCUCGUGCUUGUAAACAUCUGAGCUUAAGCAAAACCGGAUUUGAGAUUAAAUAUGAACUAAUUUUGGUAAACCCUCAACUAUGAUGGAAGAAAUUACACUACGGAAAUCGAAUUACCCUCCGAGAAUUCGUACGUAUCGUAAAAUUUAUUAAUAAGCCGACUAUUGUAUGAUCACUACAGCCAAGUUUUGAUUGCACCAUUCCAUAGAUUUGGAAUAAUGCAUCCUGGCUCAGAAGAUACACGAUCCGGGCAGUCCACCUGUGUAGUACUAACAAGAGAGGGGCCUAUACGCGGUUAUAUUGACAGAAACGAUGAGGGAACUUACUACAAAUUCAAGAGCAUACCUUUUGCCAAGCCUCCUAUUGGCCCAUUACGAUUUAUGCCACCUCAACCUAUUGCUCCAUGGGCUGAGGAACUAGACUGCACCAUGAAUUCGCCUAUGCCAGUAUGCGUUGGCCGGGAACGAAAAAUGAUUGGUACUGAGGACUGUCUAUAUCUCGAGGUCAUCAGUCCCAACAUCAAACCUAACAAACCCAUGCCUGUCAUGUUUUUUAUGCCCAGUUAUGGAUUUGGAUUUCGUCUAGAAGAGAUUUAUGAUGCAUCUUUAAUAACCAAUCAGGAUGUUGUCUAUGUGAUUUGCAAUGGAAGAUUGGGGCCAUUUGGCUUCUUGUCUAUUAAUGACAUAUCUGCACCAGGUAACAAUGGACUGAAAGACUUAGUAUUAGGUCUGAAAUGGGUGCAGAGAAAUAUACAUAUCUUUGGAGGAGAUCCAAAAAAUGUCACUAUAUUUGGUUCAAGUUCAGGUGGCUCUAUGGUGCAUUUUAUGAUCCUGUCACCAAUGGCAACUGGGCUAUUCCACAAAGCCAUUAUUCAAAGUGCUACAGCAUUUAAUAAUUGGUCUAUAGAUAGGAACCCAACCGCUGUAGUGACAGAACUGGCCAUGAAGUUGGGCAUACAGACAUGCUGUAUGGUUACAAUCAUAGAGAAAAUAAAAAAUUGCUCAAAAGAUGAAAUCACAUCUGCCUGGAUGGACAUGGAACGAAUAGCGCGAUUUGAAGGUAAUUUUGUGGCUUCAGUCUUUAAGCCCUGCAUUGAACAAGAGUUUGAGGGCCAACCUGCGUUUCUUACAAGAAGCCCAACAUUAAUUGUUAAAUCUGGAAAUUUCAAUAAAGUGCCAUUUAUAAUUGGAAGCAAUAAUAAAGAAGGCGAGUUUGUACGCUUUAUUGGUGUCAAUUAUUAUGACUACAAAAAGAUAAAUGAAAAUGUGAGACAUAUGGUUCCAAAACCAAUAGCAGUAGAAGAUAAUUUGGACCAGGUGAUAGGGCAAAAGAUUUUGAAGUUUUAUUCAGGUGGUGAAGAUUUUAUGAAUGAGGAUAGUAAAGACCAAUAUAUACAACUUAUCAGUGACUUCUUUUUUAUAUACCACGUAACCAAAACUGCCCAACUGCACACAACCUUUGCACCAGAAUGUCCAAUAUACUACUAUAUCUUAACCCAUGCCGGGGAAUGGAGAUUGCCAAAGGAUUUAGAAUUAUUUAACUGUGUUGGACAUCAUGCAGAGAUACCUUUUAUAUUCCGUAUUGCAAUCCCAGGGUCGCCACCAUGCAAGGGCAGUCGCGACUCUGUUACCACUAGAAGCAGAGUUAUCAAAAUGUGGACAAACUUUGCCAAAUAUGGAAACCCAACACCCGACGAAAAUGAUCCUCUUCUACAGAUUAAAUGGGACCCAGUAGAGAACGCUAAUAAAUUGAAUUAUUUAAAUAUCGGAUCUGAGCUCACCAAAGGAAGCAAUCCGUUUAGGGACAGAAUGGCGUUCUGGGACGAUCUGCUCCACCAACAUAAGUUCCUGAAAAUACUGAGUUUCUUCCAGGAUUUCGGAAUGGCUUGCUGAUAUGAAUAUGCAGUGAAACCCGCUUAAGAAGAUUCUUACCAUGAAAAAAACGUAUGACAACAAGUUGCAGAAACCAGUGCAAAAACAUUGAUUAAUACGCGGGAAAUCGUAUUAAGAGGCCGGUGUCGAUUUUAGUCGCAAAAAUGUAAAAUUAAUAGAUUUAGUCGGUGAAAUUGUACACCUUUUGUUACCUAAUUGAAAAAACAAGUACUGGUUUCUAUUAGCACGUCUUCUUAUCUUGCCUUUUAUCAGAUAAUUUUUUUGAAAACAGACUCACUAAAUUAGUAAUGAUUUUUUUUCUGAUGGACGUUUAGGUAAACGCGCGUAAAGCACUGAUUUUGUCGCUCUUAUUUGUAAAUUUCAUAAAGUUUGGACUGGUAAAUUUGUAUUACACAUAUUCUGUACUUGAACUUUAUCAGAUUACAUUUUUGUUAUAUGACUUAGAGUUCGAGAAAUGAAAGUAACGAAUUCAAUUUUCUCCAGAAAUUACUUCAAAACAAGUGACAAUUUCUCUGAAAAUCGACUUAAUUUCAACGUAAUUUUGAUACUUAAACAAUCUACAACACUUGCUGAAACUAUUCUUAUACAUCAAUUUGUAUAAUUUACCACCAUAAUUUUUUGAUGAUUUUUUUAAAACUGUCCUUUCUCUUCAUAUAUUACCGGUGACACACGCUCGCGACCUCAUUAUUAAAAGGCAAGAUGAGAAAACGUGCUAAUAGAAACCAAUACUUGUUAUUUAGAUAUAACGUAACAAAACGUGUAUAAUUUCAACGACUAAAUCUAUCAAUUUUACAUUUUUGCUCCAAAACGACACCGGCGGCUUAAACGUGAUAGUAGGUACUAAACGGGUUCCACUGUAUCAUGGGUUUAACCUUGUCCAAAUUUCGGUAUUACAGGGAUAUAUUUUUACUACGUAAUUAUGCAUUUUAGAAAAUUUAUAAUCUGUUUCAUUCCAAUAAGCGGUUCAAGAUGGAACUCAUUGUGCACUUGUAAACAUUAAACCGUAAGAGAAAAAAGUGAUAAUUGCGCAAUUACAUUGUUUUUUAUACUGUUUUUUAAAUAUAUUUAUGUUAUUUGUAA